AGAAUUGAUGGGGUGACGUGACCGAAGCUUGUGACAGCAUGGCGCUCAGGAAGUGUAAAAGUGCGGUUGGACUGAUCCUUAUUUUCUCUCUUAUGAAGCUUGGGCUCGGUGAUCAGUUCGAGCCCAAUCAGAUUCAUCUGGCAUUAUCGAGAAACCCGAAUGAACUGAUGGUUGUGUGGAAUACGAACGGCUCAAUCGAAGGUUUGGUUCAGUGGGAGAAGAUUUCGGAUCCGCAAAGCAGAUUCCAGUCUGUCGCUAUAUCUCAUGCGUUUGUUGAGCACAGUUCCUCAAAGCUGCAGCAGUAUGUCCAUGAAGCCUAUAUGACUGAUUUGGAUCCUGCGGAGGCCUAUAAAUAUCGUGUGGGGUCAAAGUUAGUGUGGUCCGAAUGGAUUGAAUGUCAACCUACUGCUGCCUCAAAUUCCACCGACUGGAGUCCGAGAUUGGCAGUUUUCGGUGACCUGGGCUUAGUCAAUGCCCAGAGUAUCCCGCGUUUAUUGCAAGAUACGAAACGUGGAAUUUAUGAUGCUGUUUUGCACGUCGGGGAUUUUGCAUACGACAUGUAUGAGAAUUCGGGAAGAACGGGAGAUUUGUUCAUGGACAUGAUAGCACCGAUUGCUUCGAGAGUUCCGUACAUGACAUGCCCCGGUAAUCAUGAGAAUAAAGAUAAUUUCUUCCAGUAUCGCAACCGAUUCAGAAUGCCGUCAAAAAACCCGAAAGAUUUGUUCUACACCUUCAAUCUUGGGCCAGCGAGGUUUAUCUCGCUGUCGACCGAAGUUUACUACUUCGUCUUCAACUACGGAAUCGUUGAUAUAGUAGCGCAGUGGCGUUGGCUGGACGCCACACUCAAAGCCGCGAUGGCUGACAGAGAAAAUCAUCCCUGGAUCAUCGUUUUUGGACACAGGCCGAUGUAUUGUUCGAAUUUGGACCACGACGACUGCAAAAAUCAUGAAACGUUGACGCGUGUCGGUUUGCCCUUUUUUCAUUGGUACGGACUGGAGAAAUUGUUGUACAAAUAUGGUGUGGACUUGGCAAUUUGGGCCCAUGAACAUUCCUACGAACGAUUGUGGCCUGUCUUUGACAGAAAGGUUUAUAAUGGAACCACGGAUCCAAAGGAUCCGUAUCAUAACCCUCAAGCAACUGUGCAUGUGACUUCGGGAUCUGCCGGAUGUCGAGAGAGGACGGAUUUAUUCGAAAAUCCCGAGCCGUGGUCAGCUUUCCGGAAUUCAGAUUAUGGAUAUGCCCGACUUUCCCCGGUCAAUAAAACGCAUCUUUUGUGGGAACAAAUAUCUGAUGACCAGGAUGGGAAAGUGAUCGACAGUAUCUGGAUCAAGAAAGACAAACCCGAAGGCUUUGUGGAGACAAAUGAAGUUUUGGAAGUUUCAUCUUUUGAAUAGGCAAUGUUUGCGAAGGUCAGUUCGCUAAUUUGUUUUGGUCGUUGAAGGUGGAAAAAGUGACCUGAUUCAAUUGAAUUUUUUUCAAAAGCAAAUACAACUCUCCGGAAGAGUUUCGAUAAAGAGAGGAUAUUGUGGUAUUUUAUCGUCAGAUAGCGUAUGUGAUGGAAGAUGUGGUGAAAUGUAACCUGCUGGACAUUAAAAAUCUCACUGAAAUAUGAAUUCAAAUGUCUUCUAAUUCAGCAUUCGAAAAUUGAAAUAGACAUUAAAAAAGCCUGUGCAACCGAAU